AUGGCAUUACCAGCCGCCCUCCGAUCCCGGCUCCGGACCAGCACGGAACAUCACGACAGGCCACAGCAGUAUUCCACAUCCGAGUCGAGUCCGACCACCACCACCACCAACAACAACAAGGAACAGCCGUCUCAGCCGGCAAGCCUCGACGAUGCAGGCAUCAAGCGGGGCACCAGACUUCGGCGCUGGUUCGCCCUCAGCGCGUCCUUCGCCUACCUGGUCUCAUGGAUCUUCCUCGUGCUGGUCCUGAUCGGCAACACCUCCCCCGGCCCCGUCCUCUCGUCCAUCUACUUCUACAAGCUCAACCUGGCCGACAUCAUCCCCACGAGCGUGCCCAACGCCAGCCUGAUCAACAGCAUCGCGCAGUCGAUCGGCCUGCACGACUUCUACCAGGUGGGACUGUGGAACUUCUGCGAAGGUUACGAGAACAGCGGCAUCACCUUCUGCUCCGCGCCGCGCACGCUGUACUGGUUCAACCCGGUCGAGGUGCUGAUGAACGAGCUGCUGGCGGGCGCCACCAUCGCCCUGCCGACGCAGGUCAUCACCAUCCUGUCGGUGCUGCGCGUCACGAGCCAGCUCAUGUUCGGCUUCUUCCUGACGGCCUGCGUGCUCGCCUUUGUGCUGGCGCUGCUGUCGGCGCCGCUGGCCGUGCGCUCGCGCUGGUGGAGUCUGCCGCUGGCCGUGGCGAGCUUCCUGGAGAUGAUGCUCUGCCUGGCGGCGAGCAUCGUGGGCAGCGUCAUCAGCUUCGCGUUCAAGUAUGCCGCCGAGGCGCAGAGCGAGCUGAAUAUCCAUGCCGAGGUCGGCGCGAAGAUGUUUGUCUUCAUGUGGAUCGCCACGGGGUUCAGUAUCUGGGGCUUUGCCGUGCAUGCGGGCAUGGGCUGCUGCUGUACGUCGAGGAGGGAUCUGAGGAUUGGGAGGAGGGUGAUGAAGGAUGGGAAGGUGGAGAGGCUGCCUGAGCAAUGA